CUUCAGGCUACCUGAGUCAGUCAGGAGGAGAAUCAGGGACGUAGGAUCACACAUCCGUUUGUCUCAGUUCUCGUGUGCAUUCGUGGCAACAAACUAGUGUCCAAAAUGACACUGGAACCCUUGAGAUCGGCUUUAUCUCUCGGGGAGAUUGGAGAGACGUCGCUGGCGCUUCCGUCAGACGGGGAUUCCCACACGGGCAAGCGGCGCGUCAUGGAGCAGGUUAGCACCAUGAGAAAGAGCAAGAGCAAGUACAGAGGAUCAGCAGGAACACUGUCCCCCACCAGCCCCAAGAGUGACAGUGUCUUUUACGAAAGCAAGUUUCCUUCUUUUACAACAAAUGGAUCGGACUUGCAUGAGAGCACUUUCGCAAAUGGACAUGCAAAAAUGAGGCAACAGAAGCAGGGCAUGAUGCAGAGGAGUGUUAGCACAAGGUCAGCCAACUAUCACAGGGUUCAAAAUAACAGUAUGUUACCGAGCAGCCUUCCUGCUAUAACCCAACCCUAUGCGGACCUCUAUGCCAAUCAAGGGGCCAUGAAUACUAACACCACCCGUUGGAGCCAGAAUUUCAGGCAUUCAAAAAGCAUGGACAAGAGUCAAGUCCAAUCUCCACUCACCAACCCUGUACAAGUGAAAGGGAACAACAGCUUUCAGAGCACCAGCAAUCAAUUCUUUGCCAGCAAUACCAUCAACAAGAGACCUCCCUCUGCCCACUCAAACUCUGAGCCCAAGCUCUCAGUGGCAAGCAGGACAAAGAGUGAAAUGAACGGAAUGAAUGGAGAGGCAAACAUGUAUAGUGUCACAUUAGUAGACGCGAUAGUAAUGAUCACCCAUGGGGAUGAAAGGCAGCAGCUGCAUGGAGCUUCCGUUAUUCAGCAUAAAACAUUCACAGAUGACAAGGCCAAAGAAGAGGUAUUGAAGCUUAAUGGCAUUGCUCAUUUGGUGGCCUUGCUUAGCAGCUCGAACCCUGACAUCCAACUGACGUCUGCCUCUGCAUUGCGUAAUCUUGUCUUCAAAAAUUCAGCCAACAAGGAGGAGGUACGGCGCACAGGAGGGUUGAACGUGGCUUUGCAGCUACUCCGAGACACUAACUCAGCUGAAACUCAGAAACACGUAACCGGUCUUCUGUGGAACCUAUCUUCGGAGGAAAGCAUUCAACCUGAUCUGCUACGACAGGCUCUUCCGGUUCUUACUGAGACAGUGCUGCAGCCGAAUGCAGACACCUCAGCCAUUGGGUCUGAAGUUGAAUCUCGCACUGAGAGCUUCUGCAAUGCCACAGCAUGUCUACGAAAUCUCAGUUCUGGCAAACUGGCAAACCGGCAAGCCUUGCGUAACUGUGAGGGCCUGAUUGACUCACUAGUCAAACACUUGCAGUCUUCUAUGGACAACAGCCAGCUGGAUGAUAAGUCUGUGGAGAAUUCUGUGUGCGUUCUGCACAACCUCACCUAUCAGCUGGAAACCGAGGUGCCUGCUUUGUUUAGCAAGAUAAACAACCAGGCUAUGGCUUCUGAAAGCCGCGCUAACGCCGCUGACACCGGCCCUAUCGGCUGCUUUAGCAACCAGAGCCGCAAGAUCCAGCAAGAGACCAACAUCGAAUCCACAAUGAUAGAUGACUUCGAUCCCAAAGGCAAGACCCAACUUAUUCACUCAAAGACGCUGCAGUCUUAUCUGAAACUGCUGGACUCGAGUCAGAACACAAACAUUCAGGAGGCGUGCUGCGGAGCUCUGCACAACCUCACUGCCAAGAAGGGCAUCGUGUCAGAUGUGAUGAGUUACACCAUUGUCCAGAGGCUGAAUGGUCUAAAGUACCUCUGUCCACAUCUACAAUCACAGAAUUUGUCCCUGAAGAACGGCAUCACCACACUGAUGGGGAACCUGUCUCGAAUUCCCUCACUGCACAAAACUCUAGCUCGUCAGGCUCUUCCCAAUGUCGUCAAGACUUUGAAAUCUGACAUUACUCCAGAAUCUGACAGCGCCAUGGCAGUAGCCUGCCACACGGCAAACAACCUGCUGAGGGCGGACCCUGAGCAGGGAAAGACGUUACUGAGCAAUGACCUGAUCAACUCGCUCAAUAACAUGAGUCAAAACAUAACCCUGCCGAAGGCCAGUAAGGCAGCAGGAGCUCUCCUUCAUAGCCUUUGGUCUGACAAGACUCUUCAGAGUUUCCUCAAGAAGCAAGGGAUGACUAAGAACUUCUUUGUGAAUGAUAUAACUUCAGCUGCAAUUAGGUCUCUUCAUAUUGUUGAGUAAACUGAUCAUCAUGCCGGUGACUUCAACAAAUAUCCAACUCUACAUAACAGCUACAGAAAAUAACUUGCUUAACUAUACACAUGAAAUAAAUCAGAUAUUCCUGUCCGCUUUGAAUAUAAAGAACUGCAAAGGUAAAAAAAGGAAAAAGCAGCUAAGGGGAAUGUAAAUGAGCUUCACAGCUCUGAGUUUGCACAGAAAUUGGGAAAAAAAAGUGUAUUUCUUUUCUUUAUUUCAAAUAGAUUCUUUUUGUGUUGCAUGGAAGCGCCAUAAUGGGAACAUAUUACGUUUUUUUAUUACAUUUAUUACAUUGCAUCUAGUUGAUGAAUUUCUGUUUUGAGUUUGAUGAUGAUAUUCUGACAUGGAUCUGCCUACAUGAGAGGGGAUAAACUGCAACUUUUCAUACCUUUUUAUUUGAAAUAAAUGUACAUGAAUAAAAAUGGAUAAAUGUCUCAAAGAUUUAAGUUUUGGUUCCUGCCAACCCAAUACAGUUAGCCUUAAGGUGAGGUAUAAGACACCAAGGUAUUAUUAUGCAUAUUCAUGUUUUUUUUUUUUUUUCAGAUUCAUUACAUUUUAAUAAUUUUUCACUUGAUCUUACCGUUUGAAGAGGGUGUCUUUGUAAUUGCUCAUUUUAUUCAAGUCUCAUGUUUGAGUUGUUAAUAUCAAAUUUUUUCAGCAGAAACCAAAUAAAGCUUUUUGAAAUGGU